AAAAUUAUUAAAGGCAGUUGAGUAGUGAACGGUUAGGACGUGUUUUAGUGACAUCCGCUCAUCUGAAUCAAAACUCCGACAACAACAAUGCACCGUUUAGCAAACUUUUGGUUGCCACUGGCUCUGGUCACAUUAAUGGUUAGCCCGUGUGCAAUCGGCACAUUCACCAAGCCACAGUUACGGAAGUUAAUCAGUAUGAUCCUCUACGAGGAUCAACAAUUCAACGACGUCCUGUCAGAAAUGGUGAAACUAAACGAUAUCGAUCAGACUUUAUCACCAUUUUUGAACGAGAAGGUGCCAGAUAUCAAAAAUGUCAAUCCACUGGUGUCGCUAUUCGCGCUUACCUCCACUCACCCGUACUAUUCCGGCGAUGACUUAAACCUUAGCGUGACCAUCCUCAGCACGUCCAUCAUGUGCCUGACGCAUAAGCGCGUGGCUCUCCACCUGGCACUGAUCAUCCGACUGAUUGAACAGAUAGAUGGUCAAGCGCAUUUCCAAAUUCGGUCUCGCGUUUUCACGCAUGCCGUUCCACUUUACAUGGACAUGUUGUUGUCCGUCCACGGAAAUGCCGAUAAUUUGUUAGCCGUGUACAACAUAAUAUUCGAUAUGAUGUCAUCGUUGGAUUCGGGGGAGACUGUUGAAUACGAUGAUAAAGUCAACACGUUAAAACAAGAGUUGGAGAAGCUGAACGCCGUCAUAGAAUCGUCUUGCGUAGUCAAUAAAAUGAAGGAUUACUGCGAUAGCUUCAAACUGAGUAAACUGGAAAAUUGCGCAAGCUUUAUUACCGACAACCAGCUGAUAUCCGACGGUGUAGAUGUCAACACCACUGUUGAGUCUCUAAAGGAAAACGAGAACGCCAUAAUGAAUUUAUUCGACGAGAUGGACUUACUCAGAAACGUGGACAGAGGCGUAUGGAAGGUCAUGUUGAAGAUACCGGAUUUACCAGCUGACGAUCCAAGUCAAUUCAAAAGAACUGAACUGCCUACGUAUAGAGAUGAAGUCGAAGAUAUCAUUUAUAGGAAAAAACUUUCUAUGUCAGAUGUAGUAAAAAUAGAACAUACACCAGUGACAGACCCUGAAGUUGAUGUUGUAGUACUAGAAGGCUAGAACCCUUGGUAUUUUAAUGCAUUAGGUAACGUUCUAUACCUAUUCAAAUCUAUUAAUUUUUGUAAUUUAUACAUAACUUAAAUUUAUUUAUACCUUCUAUAUGUAUCAUAUAUGUUGUAU